CCCAGAUAUGUAUGUGCUGUUACGACCACAAGGUGCUGCUCUGAACGUUGUACAGGUCGAGGUUAGCAGGGGUGAACAGUGAGUAGAUCGUGAUCUACUAGUAGAAUGCCAAGGGAGUGCUGGUCGACUGGUGUAUGUGUGUGUGUUUGGUGUGUGUGUCUGUUGUUGUAGGAUCAUGUUACUGGACCUGAGGUGUAACUCAGUCCAGCGAGUCAAACUAAUGAGUCUUAACGACAAGUAAUUAGCUUCGGAGCAAUGUAAUGAUGCUAGCAGCACUUCAUACGACACCUCAUCAGUGUGUGUGUGUGUGUGUGUGUCACGUCCAUUGUGUUUUACACAAAGAGACCGCCCGUUGAACAGAGACACUGUCCACAUGUCGGCGCUCUCUGUUCUGUUUUUAAUGUUGUUGUCGAUUUUUAACUGCAGUUUGCGUCCAUCUGGGGUAUUACUGCCACCUUCUGGUCAUGACUGUUUGAGGUUUUCUAUUGUUUCUGUGCAGUACUUUAUGUCUGCGAGCUCAGAGGUCAUUUCAUCUACACCGAUGUUCCUCUUGUUUCAACUGAACCUUUAAACGGCCUCUUGUAGCCGUGAUGUAAAAGCUGAAAAGCUGGGUUAGUGUUUCCUUUGAUCUAUGAUGUCCCAUCGCCUUAGAAGUGAUCAGUCGACAGUUCAGUAACAAGUCGUUACGAAACCCAACAGAGUUCAUAAAAACAAUGUGCUCGAUGGAGAGAGGAGGACGACGAAACAGCACUGGGUCGGUUUCCAGGAUUCCAAACCCUUUGGAUCCCCUCUACGUUGGACCACUGAAACGUGGCAAACGUAACGGAAAUGGCUUGUACAAAAAAGGUGAGCAUUUGUACAUCGGGGACUGGAAAGACGGGAAGAAGCACGGCUUUGGGAAAUGCGUUUAUGGCGGUUCAUCUUUUUACGACGGCAAGUGGUACGAGGACUGUCGCAGCGGCUGGGGUGAGAUGCACUACAAGAACGGAGAGGUGUACGUGGGGGAUUGGCUGAUGGAUAAAAGACACGGAGAGGGCAUCGUUACGUAUGCGGACGGAAACUGGUACGAAGGAGAAUGGAGGUUCGACAAGAAGCACGGCCAAGGAAAGCUGUUCUUUGCAGACAAGGGGCAGCUGUACUGUGGCAGCUGGAUGAAUGGACACGCCCAAGGUGGAACCCUGUCUGAAUGUGGCCAAAUAAAACCUUAAGCCGGAUUUUGUUUAGGAUCCGAUGUUAAAAUUGUCAACUGGAGUCUUAUAUUUCUUCAACUCAAAUAUCUUUGAUGACAGAACUCUCACGUUUUCAAAUGAUUUGAAAAGAUCAUCUACCAAAACUCAGAACUUCCUUCAAUCAUCUGACAACAUCCAUCAAAAAUGGUGAACGUAGCUGAGACCGAGACAAGGCUGAGAUCAGGAUGGGGUUCUGCUGCAAUCCCUACAAAACUCCUGUUCUCGUUGAACAAAUAAAAGUGAAAAUACAAAGCAGUACAAUUCCCCCCCUGUGGUGCAAAUAAGAAAAAUAUUGAAAAUGAAAAUCAUUUUCCUCAUCGCUGCUCCUGAAAUGGCACAGACGAUGGAUACAGGAAACUUCUAGGAAGGAUUUGAUUUGAGUACUUUAAAAUAAUACCUGUUCAACCAGCAAAUGGAGGAAUCAGGAGGAAUGAAAAUGUGAAACCACCUUUCUAUUUGUGUAACUGUUGACCUUAUAAAAAGAAGACGCAACAUUUUUACUGAAUCUCUGACCCAUUAACAAAUGGACACAGAAGUAAACCAGUGGCUCAAAGAAGCCUGUAGAAAAUCCAGGCUUUUUUGAAAGGGUUUUUUCUGAAGAGGUAAUUGAGUGACCCCCCUCCCCCUCCGCUCUCCCCUGCACCCAAGAAAAAAAAACACCUGCCACAGAAAGUGGUGUCAAGGAUUCACCCAGACACUGGCAGGUCAGCAUUCACCGUACGAGUAAACAACAACAGGUCAGGCUGGAGGAUGAGGACCAAUGAAGGACCUCGACAACAACAGUGUCUUCAACAGACCAACGGGAUUUUAUUUACAUAAUCUUCACGCUGGUUUAAUUGCAGUGAAACCACAGGCAGCCACUGUAAACAACGACCAGUUCCUUCCCAGAACAUAGUUCCCAGAAUCUCCAAAUCCCAGCGCCUACGACGGGGAAAUGCAGCUCAAGACACGGGAGGGUCCAACGGUUAACUGUUAAACCAGCUUCCACCGAUCAACUUGACUAAAAUGAUUCCGAAGGAAAGGGUCUCAGAAAUAGACUGGAGUGACCCCUAGUGGGAUGUUUGAUCUUUGUUGAACUGUAAAAGAUUUGUUUUUAUCUUUUAAACACUAUCUUGUGUUU